AUGGAGGCUCAAAGAGGCGAGUCUAAAGACUCAUCUGAAUUAGAUUUGUUGAGACAGAGAAUUACCAGUCUCGAGGCUGACAAUACUAGAUUAAAACAAAUUAUAGAAGAAAUCGCUAAUCUUAGGAUUGAAAAUACAAAAUUAAAACAAAUCAUAAAGCAAAAUCGAACUACUAAUGACCCUUUGCAGUUUCAGCUUCUCCACAAACGCCUAUUCCUUAAUCCUAAUAAUAUUUUGAAUCAUAAAUCGACAGAAGAAAAGAAAUUAGAUGAUUUUCUGAAUCAAGUGACAAAAGAAAAGGUUAGUAAUUUGAUGAGAGAUCGAAAUCAGGAAAAGAAACUAUUACAGAGUAAUGAAGAUCCCACUUCUGAGGAUAUUACAGCUGAGGCUCAAAGGAUGAUCUGA